GAGGCGGAGCGCCCUGGCGGGCGGCGGCGACGGCGGCGGCGUUAGGACUCGGGGGACACCGCCCCCCGGCCCCCGCGUCCCGCCCCCGCCCAGCCUAGCGCCUCAGUUCGCGCCGUGCCAGGGCUCGGAGCGCAGCAGCGCUGGUUCCUGCUGACAGAGCUGAGCCAGCCCGGGGAGCCCAGCGGCGCGCACUGCCUGCAGCCGCGCCGGCGAUGCGGGGCCACCCUGUGCCCGCUCGAGUCCCGGCCCCGGCGCCCGCGGGAAGGGGCUGAGCUGCUCGCCGUCCGGAUGGGGAGCCUAGGCGCGCUUGCCCUCUGCCUGCUCCGGCUCCUGCUCCUGGGGCUGCAGCGGUCGCCGCUGCCCGGCGCCCGAGCGCAGAGCGCCGCAGGUGGCUGUUCCUUUGAUGAGCACUAUAGCAACUGUGGGUAUAGCGUGGCUCUGGGCACCAAUGGGUUUACCUGGGAGCAGAUUAACACAUGGGAGAAGCCAAUGCUGGACCCAGCUGUGCCUACAGGCUCCUUCAUGAUGGUGAACAGCUCCGGAAGGGCUUCCGGCCAGAAAGCGCAUCUUCUUCUGCCGACCCUGAAGGAGAAUGACACCCACUGCAUUGACUUCCACUACUACUUCUCCAGCCGAGAUCGCUCCAGCCCGGGAGCCUUGAAUGUCUACGUGAAGGUGAACGGUGGUCCCCAAGGGAACCCUGUCUGGAACGUGUCUGGGGUUGUCACCGAGGGCUGGGUGAAGGCAGAGCUUGCCAUCAGCACCUUCUGGCCUCAUUUCUACCAGGUGAUAUUUGAAUCCGUCUCUUUGAAGGGUCAUCCUGGUUACAUCGCUGUGGACGAGGUCCGGGUCCUUGCUCAUCCAUGCAGAAAAGCACCUCAUUUCCUGCGACUCCAGAACGUUGAGGUGAACGUUGGGCAGAACGCCACGUUUCAGUGCAUUGCUGGUGGGAAGUGGUCUCAGCACGACAAGCUUUGGCUUCAGCAAUGGAAUGGCAGAGACACGGCCCUCAUGGUCACUCGUGUGGUCAACCACAGGCGCUUCUCGGCCACUGUCAGUGUGGCAGACACCUCUCAACGCAGCGUCUCCAAGUAUCGCUGUGUAAUCCGCUCAGAUGGUGGGUCCGGUGUGUCCAACUAUGCAGAGCUGAUCGUGAAAGAGCCUCCCACGCCUAUCGCUCCCCCAGAACUGUUGGCAGUUGGGGCCACCUAUCUGUGGAUUAAGCCAAAUGCCAACUCCAUUAUUGGUGACGGUCCCAUCAUUCUGAAGGAAGUGGAAUACCGCACUACCACGGGCACAUGGGCCGAGACCCACAUCGUGGAUUCUCCCAACUACAAGCUCUGGCAUCUGGACCCUGAUGUGGAGUAUGAGAUCCGGGUGCUGCUCACACGGCCAGGCGAGGGAGGCACAGGACCACCAGGACCUCCUCUUACCACCAGGACCAAGUGUGCAGAUCCCGUGCACGGCCCUCAGAACGUGGAGAUUGUGGACAUUCGGGCCAGGCAGCUGACCCUGCAGUGGGAGCCCUUUGGCUACGCAGUGACCCGCUGCCACAGCUACAACCUUACGGUGCAGUACCAGUACGUGUUCAACCAGCAGCAGUAUGAGGCCGAGGAGGUGAUCCAGACCUCUUCCCACUACACCCUGCGGGGUCUGCGGCCCUUCAUGACCAUCAGACUGCGCCUACUGCUCUCCAACCCUGAGGGCCGGAUGGAGAGUGAGGAGCUGGUGGUACAGACCGAGGAGGAUGUUCCAGGAGCUGUUCCUCUUGAGUCCAUCCAGGGAGGGCCCUUUGAGGAGAAGAUCUACAUCCAGUGGAAACCUCCCAAUGAAACCAAUGGGGUCAUCACACUCUAUGAGAUUAACUACAAGGCUGUUGGCUCACUGGAUCCAAACGCCGACCUGUCCAGCCAGAGGGGAAAAGUGUUCAAACUCCGGAAUGAAACCCACCACCUCUUUGUGGGUCUGUACCCAGGAACCACCUACUCCUUCACCAUCAAGGCCAGCACAGCCAAGGGCUUUGGACCUCCUGUCACCACUCGGAUUGCCACCAAGAUCUCAGCUCCGUCGAUGCCUGAAUACGAUGCAGAUACACCACUUAAUGAAACAGAAACGACCAUCACAGUGAUGCUCAAACCUGCCCAGUCUCGGGGAGCCCCUGUCAGUGUUUACCAGCUGGUGGUCAAGGAGGAGCGACUUCAGAAAUCCCGGAGAGCGGCUGACAUCAUCGAGUGUUUCUCUGUACCUGUGAGCUACCGGAACGCCUCCAACCUUGAUUCUCUCCACUACUUUGCUGCCGAGUUGAAGCCCUCCAACCUGCCUGUCACCCAGCCAUUUACAGUAGGAGACAACAAGACAUACAACGGCUACUGGAACCCUCCCCUCUCCCCAUUGAAGAGCUACAGCAUCUACUUCCAGGCACUCAGCAAAGCAAAUGGAGAGACAAAAAUCAACUGUGUGCGUCUGGCUACAAAAGCACCAAUGGGCAGCGCCCAGGUGACCCCGGGGACUCCACUCUGCCUUCUCACCACAGGUGCUUCCACGCAGAAUUCUAACACUGUGGAGCCAGAGAAGCAGGUAGACAACACGGUGAAGAUGGCAGGUGUGAUCGCUGGCCUCCUCAUGUUCAUCAUCAUUCUCCUGGGUGUGAUGCUGACCAUCAAAAGGAGAAGAAAUGCUUAUUCCUACUCCUAUUACUUGUCCCAAAGGAAGCUGGCUAAGAAGCAGAAGGAGACACAGAGCGGAGCCCAGAGGGAGAUGGGCCCCGUGGCCUCAGCUGACAAGCCCACCACCAAGCUCAGCACCAACCGCAAUGAUGAAGGCUUCUCCUCCAGUUCUCAGGAUGUUAAUGGAUUCACAGACGGCAGCCGUGGGGAGCUGUCCCAGCCUACCCUCACCAUUCAGACUCACCCCUACCGGACCUGCGACCCUGUGGAGAUGAGCUACCCCCGGGACCAGUUCCAGCCUGCCAUUCGAGUGGCUGACCUUCUCCAACACAUCACUCAGAUGAAGAGAGGCCAGGGCUACGGCUUCAAGGAGGAAUACGAGGCCUUACCAGAGGGACAGACAGCUUCGUGGGACACAGCCAAGGAAGAUGAAAACCGCAAUAAGAAUCGAUAUGGAAACAUCAUAUCCUAUGACCACUCCCGGGUGAGGCUGUUGGUGCUGGAUGGAGACCCCCACUCUGACUACAUCAAUGCCAACUACAUCGAUGGGUACCACCGUCCCCGGCACUACAUUGCAACCCAAGGUCCAAUGCAAGAGACUGUGAAGGACUUUUGGAGAAUGAUCUGGCAGGAAAACUCUGCUAGCAUCGUCAUGGUCACAAACCUCGUGGAAGUGGGCAGGCACCCAGCGGAACACACUGUGGGAAAUGCCACGCUAGGCCGUGCGUCGUCCCCCGGAAUGGUAAAGUGUGUGCGAUACUGGCCAGAUGACACAGAGGUCUAUGGAGACAUUAAAGUCACCCUAAUUGAAACAGAGCCCCUGGCAGAAUAUGUCAUCCGCACCUUCACAGUCCAGAAGAAAGGCUACCACGAGAUCCGGGAACUCCGCCUCUUCCACUUCACCAGCUGGCCUGACCAUGGUGUUCCCUGCUAUGCCACAGGCCUUCUGGGCUUCGUCCGCCAGGUCAAGUUCCUCAACCCCCCAGAAGCCGGGCCCAUAGUGGUCCACUGCAGUGCUGGAGCCGGGAGGACUGGCUGCUUCAUUGCCAUUGACACCAUGCUCGACAUGGCUGAGAAUGAAGGGGUGGUGGACAUCUUCAACUGCGUGCGUGAGCUACGGGCACAGAGGGUCAACCUGGUGCAAACAGAGGAGCAGUAUGUGUUCGUGCAUGACGCCAUCCUGGAAGCAUGCCUCUGUGGCAAUACCGCCAUCCCUGUGUGUGAGUUCCGCUCUCUCUACUACAACAUCAGCAGGCUGGACCCCCAGACUAACUCCAGCCAGAUCAAAGAUGAGUUUCAGACACUCAACAUUGUGACACCCCGAGUACGGCCUGAGGACUGCAGCAUCGGACUCUUACCCCGGAACCAUGAUAAGAAUCGGAGCAUGGAUGUCCUGCCUCUGGACCGCUGCCUGCCCUUCCUCAUCUCAGUGGAUGGAGAGUCCAGCAAUUACAUCAAUGCAGCACUGAUGGAUAGUCACAAGCAACCUGCUGCCUUUGUGGUCACCCAGCACCCUCUCCCCAACACUGUGGCAGACUUCUGGAGACUGGUGUUCGAUUACAAUUGUUCCUCUGUGGUGAUGCUGAACGAGAUGGACACUGCUCAGCUUUGUAUGCAAUACUGGCCUGAGAAGACCUCUGGGUGUUACGGUCCCAUCCAGGUGGAGUUUGUCUCUGCAGACAUUGAUGAGGAUAUCAUCCACAGAAUCUUCCGUAUCUGUAACAUGGCUCGGCCACAGGAUGGUUACCGUAUUGUCCAGCACCUCCAGUAUAUUGGCUGGCCUGCAUACCGGGACACACCCCCUUCCAAGCGCUCUCUACUCAAAGUGGUCCGACGGCUGGAGAAGUGGCAGGAGCAGUACGAUGGGAGAGAGGGACGCACUGUGGUCCACUGCCUAAAUGGAGGCGGCCGCAGCGGAACCUUCUGUGCCAUCUGCAGUGUGUGCGAGAUGAUCCAACAGCAGAACAUCAUCGACGUGUUCCACAUUGUGAAAACUCUGCGCAACAACAAGUCCAACAUGGUGGAGACACUGGAACAGUAUAAAUUUGUAUAUGAGGUGGCGCUGGAAUAUUUAAGCUCCUUUUAGCCCAGUUGGAUGGGAAACCUGCCAGAGUCCAGAGGCUGUUUGUUGCAGCUGACCCUCUUUUUCUGUGACUGACGAUGACUGGUCUCAGGAGUUCGGAGGUGGCACACCUGCCCAACUCCUAGAAGAAGACUGGUGGUCUCCUUCUCUGCUAUGGGCUCUGCAGCUUCUGGCGGGUCUUCUGCAGCUGUGGGAGAUGCUGCUGUGAUGGGGCCCGAGCUUCCCUUCUACACCUGAUGACAUGGGGCCCACAGAAGUUUACACUCAAGCAAGGCCCUGGACUUCCGAUCCCCAGAUCUCUUGCUUUUGUUCUUUCUGAGUUUGUCAAUCUCAUGACGAGCUGACUGCGCGGGUGCUGGGGUAUGGGGAGCUGGCCAGCCCUUCCCUUGCUGUCCUUAGGAGGACUGGGGUGGAAGUUCUUCUCCAUUCUAUCUUGCAAAAGACAGUAGUUUGGGGAUCACUGGGUUAUUGAGGUUCUACAGUCUCCUACAAGGGGCUCUGGCAUGAGACACUUGCCAGUCUGUAUCAGUGUGACUUCUGGAUAACCCCUAGACCAUAUCAGGGGUCCUCUUCAUUUCACACCUAACCUAUGCUGGGUUUGACUCAUGACUACCAUCUCCAGCCAAGACCUGACCUUCUGUAUUCUCCUGGCCAACCAGCUAUUCCCACGUCAUACUUGGGCAAGGGUUUCCUUUGCUUUUCCAUAGUCUGUCGGGGAGGAGGAUUCAUAGGAAAUGUUGCAGUACCUUUUUAUCUUUGUAGAAAGGGCCACUCUCCUGGGCAGGUUCUGACUGGCCUGUAUGGUAUAACCCUGUGCUCCCUAGGUGGUACUUUCUGUAUGAAAGACAAACAAGAAAAGCUUUGAUUGUUCUCCCAAGUACAUGUGAAAAGAAACCAUUUGAGAAUAUAAAUCCCACAUUCUCUUAUGUCAGAAAAAAAAAAGGAAGAAAAGAAAAAGGGAGGAUGGUAGUUUUAGUGUGGCUGUAAGAUACAUUUCUUGGGCGUAUCAUGAUUCCUGGCCCACAUGAUCCUUGAAAAGUCCCACUGAUGACACAGCCGUUGAAGAAGUGAGGUGGUCCUCCAGGGAUUGGUCUCUGGUUUGGGGGGAAAUACAGAAAUAGCUUUGUAAUUUGUCUCUCCAAAUCUGAACACUUUCCUAAAGAAAUCCAGCUGCUGUUUUGAAAAUGGCUACUGUGGCUCCCAGGCUGGUUUCUAAUACAUUAAGCAGGUUUAGCUCCUGAAAUUCUUAGUCUUGUCCAAAGCAUGAGUAAAUCCAGAAAAGGGAAACAUUGGUGAAGCUUUGCAGCAAGCCAAGUGCCAUACUUAUUCCCUCCCAUAUGACGUCUCAUUGCACCCCUGGAAAGGGUUUGCAUCACCUCCAUUUUGUAAUUGAAGGAACCCGAGCACCUUCUUCAGUGAUGGAAUUCGGGAUUCAAAAAGACAGGUGAUGGCAAUGAAACCUUCCUGCCAUUUUCUUCAUGCUUUCUCAGCCACGCAGUUAUUUAAUGGCCAGAAACUUCUGAGCAGAGAGAGAAGGCCAUGAGCAGAAAAUUUAAUUCUUUCUUUCUGCUACCAGUUCUUCUCGGUAGCCCAAACUUUCAGAAAUAUUUUUAUUAACUCAUUCCCAGUUCCCCGGGAAAGCUAAUCUUAUCUAAUUUCUUCAUUGCUAAAAACAAUUCUCAUGUUCCCUCAGGGUACAAGGGAGCCAGCCUGGGAAUCUCUCUAGCCUGGGCUGAGCCACAAUAUUUGACAGCCUUAAUAGCCAGGGGUCUAGAAAGGUCUAUCUUGCAGACUGAUUUAGCCGCAAAGUAUGAGGGACACAGAAUCCAAUAAGGUAUGCAUCUUGCCCUUCAGGCUCCCUGUAUACUAGGAAAGUUGAGCCACAUUGUAAUAGUGGAACAUACAAGCGUUCAAUGAGCCUAGACAUGAGAGUAACUCACUCUACCUAGCAACACCCAUUCCAGCUGGGUCUCAACAGAUAGAACAGAAAAAAGGGAAAGUCAAGCCAAGGGGGUUAAUGUGCACAAUGGUACAGAGAAGUGAGAAAGUAUCAGGAGGGACAAUGGUGAGAGGUUUGCCCAGCUAGAAUAGAGCACGGGAGGCAUAAUAGCAGGAAGGUAGCCAGAGCCAGGGAGGAAAUGUAAAGAGCAUGGUCAUCACCCUGCAGGCAACAAGAAGCUGGCAGAGCUCAACAGUGAUGCACUCAGCUUGGUUUGGGAGAAAGUCCUCUGGACAAGUAGUACAGCGUCUUAUAUCUGGACCAGUAGUACAGCAACUUGGUUUGGGAGAAGGUCCUCUGGACCAGUAGUACAGCAUCUUUUCCUUUCAUCAGACACUGUGAAAACAUCCUCCUCUGUGUGUGCUUUUAGUGUUACCUGUGCGUAAGUGUGUGUGUGUGUGUGUGUGUGUGUGUGUGUGUGUGCGUGUGUUCAUUAUUUUGUUGCUGGAACAAAUAUGGACUGGAUCAUGAAACUCAGCUCUUGUGCAAAACACCAGGUCUCUGCUCUACCAUGGAGCAGGGUCAACAACCCUGACCUCUAAACCUACAAGGACAAGAUAUGAAAGGAAACCAGGAAGUCAACUUCCAUUGGCAUGAGCCCAGGAGCUGUCUAGAAGUCCAAGAACACUAGACCUGAUCAAGGAAGGCUGUCACUUUAGAGGUUCAAAAGAAAAUAUCUCAAAGCAAAGGCAAGCGAAGGGGUCCCAUGCUUCAUUCUUCUCCUUUGAUGGGCCUCUUACCAGGUAGAUUUGAGUCUAUCCACAGGCCCCAGCCCCUACUGGUCCUUCUGGUUUCCUGUGGCUCUUGUCUUCUAUUCCAAACGGAUUUCCCUAUAGCCUGCAGGAGUCCGUAGCAUAACCAAUUAGCAUGUUGCAUGCUAUUUCCUCAGAUCUUGGACAGUCCCAACAGGAAGCAGGCAGAGGAAGGAUUAUUUCAUAGAAAUCCUAGAAUUCAUUCUGCUGAGGAAGGGGUGAAAGAGCUGAAGGAUAAAGAUGACAGUGGUCUCUAUCAUUUCAAACGAUGGGAAUUUGAAGAGUAAGUUCAGGGGGAAAGAAAUGUGUGAAAAUUCAGGCCAUGCUGAGGGAACUCUCCAAGGGUUAGCCCAUCCCCUUAUUUUCUCAUAACCCAGUCACCCUCAAAGGAAGUGGUCUUAGGCCAGUGUGCACAAAAAGAAAAUGAGGCACAUGGACAGAAAUGAGAUUCUUCAGAUUCAUGUGGGAAACAUGCAGAAGGGCUUAGAUGAAAUGAAGAUGGUACUAAGGAAUUGAUAAGGUUUUUUUCUCCCAGGAAACCUCCCAGGGAAAUCCACCUUCCAAGAGUCUCGUCUCAUUUCUAUUAUAGAAUGAGCUCAUCUUUACAUGAGCAAAGAAAGGGUACCAAAGAGAAUCCUCGCUUAGCAAGAUCUUCCUAUUGGUCUCUAUUGCAAUAUAAAUGGAGAAGGUGUAAGAUAUAAAUGAGAUACGAUCAACUGUCCUCACUUGGAUGUGUUUAUGGCCUACAUGGCUUCAGGUUUGACCACAGCUGCAUCUCAACAUCAUAUUAUCGUACUGAUAGGAUUAUCAUGGAGGAGGUAGGGGCCUGUCAGCCACUAGACAGCCAUAGCACAGCCCUUUUUAUAGGAAUGGAAGAGGCCACUUGCUUCAGGUAUUUACCCUCACUGUGGGGCUGAGCAAUCAAUGUCACCUACUCUGUGGAACCAGCAGACUCUACUGUAGACUCUAAACCAUGAGUUCACUCUUCCAACACUUCUGAAGUGUCUGUGACUGUGGCAAUCACUACUUUACUGGCAAGGAAAACAAAUCUAGAGAAAGAACUCACUUACCUAUAUAAGCAAAUUUUACCUAGUUUUCUGAGCACAGAGACAAUAUUCUUGCACCAUGGUAUCUGGGAUUUUCCCACUCUUAACAACAGAAACAAGAGUGAAACUAAUGACUCAGUAAAUAGUGAUAAAGCCCAGUGAAGACAAUGGUCAGCUUCAAAUUCCUUUAGAGCCUCAUGUUUUACAUUCAUAACAUAUUUGAAUUCCAUUUGCUAAUUUAUUCUCUGUAGUUUAAAUAUGACUGCAUAAAUAUAUAUUUUUUAAAUCUGCCCUUGUCUCAUACAUCUCUCUGAUGGACCUCGGAGAAUGAUAUCUCUGUCCAAGGUAUAGUACCUAGUCUUGUUCCUUACUUCCAAGGUCAGUUCUCACUCAAGUUCACAUCAACUUAUACUCCCCUAGGCGCAUUCAUUGCUGUGUGCAUACCCUGACUGCACUGCUCCUGACAUUCAGCUUAGGUCUCUUCUUCUUGCAGAAGGUUCUGCAAGGUACCUACUGAGAGACCAGAAUAAUGAGGACUUACCUACCAGGCAUGGUGAAGGUUGGGCCCACAAAACCCAACAGACAAAGGAGAAACAAGAUGUAGCCUCACUCAGAAGAUCCUUGACUAUUGGGAAGUGCCUAUUGUCUUAGUAGAGUCCUAUGGCUUUUGAUGUGGGCAAAUCUUAGGAUAUAUGUCAUACAAACAUUUGGAAUCUUAAACACCAUUUGCUUAGCUCUAUACAAUCCUUGGGUUCCUAUAACAUCCAGCACUCCAAACAGGUACCACUAGGAAAGACAGACAGAUCACUAUGGCAUGGUACACCAUGGUAAGUAGGAUAAGAGCUUGCUCUUUGAUUUGAACUCCAACUUCACCAUUUUUGGACAUUAAAUUAUCAGGCUGAACAAUACAUGGAAAAAUCCUUGGCCAGGCUAGAAGUGGUUAAUCUGGAAGGCUAGGGUAGGAAAACAGGAAGGCAAAUUGAAACUCAGUGUCUUCUUAGAAGUAAGGAUGAUUAUGGGAUGUAGAGCUGAGUGAUAAAUGAUGUGGGGGAUAGAUUAAAGAAAGUCACCUUUCGUUAGCCUGUAGCUGGCCACCCCUGCUAACCAUCAGCACCAAGCUAAAACAAGUUCCAUAAGAUAUGUCUAGAUCCAAGGCUAAUCAUGAACAAUAUGUUGAUCCAAUGCCAUAAAGUCAAUAGAUUAUACUGAGAUGAGUUACCUACGAAUGAGUCACCAACCCAGGCUGAUAGGCAAAACAAAAGAUAAAAUGGAGAGAUAACAGUGUCAUUUGAAAGCCCUGACUUGCCUUUCCCAUUGACCAAUCAACGUGAAGCCCUCCUUAGCCUCUUGCCAGCUCUAACAUACAGCCACAUAAAGCAGAAAAAUGGGAAAAGUAAAUUCAACCAUAGACCAACUGAGAUUCCGCCUCAUUUGUGUGGGUUCCCUGUGUGAGAUCAUCCCUAGAUACAUAUCAAAAUAUCAAAAACUACAAAACUCAGAGCCUUCCCUUUACCUAACAUGGUGUCACCUUUAAAAUCCUAUCCUUUCUGAAUGAGAGAGAGAGAGAGAGAGAGAGAGAGAGAGAGAG